CAACACAGGACCUCUGGAACUUCAACACCUCAACAUGUGCAAGCUGAUCAUCUUCGCUGCCCUCCUGGCUGUUGCCGCCGCCGCCUACGCCCCGGCCCCAGGACACUACGCCCCAGCCCCCGCACACUACGCUCCAGCCCCCGCACCCUACGCUCACCACGCUCCUGCCACCUCCUACCAGAACGUCUACCACGUAGUCACCCACCAGGAGUACGCCAAGGCUCCCUACCAUGCCCCUGUAUACCACGCACCGGCUCCCGCACCCUACCACCCCUACUGAACUGUGCUGACUGAAUAAACAUGGAUAUGCAAUAA